AUGACUCUUUAUGCGAAGCGGAAAGUCGUCGAAAAGCAGUCUCGUUACGCUUUCUAUCACCCGAGUGCCGAGGCCCUUUCCGCGAUGGCAACCGAUCUUCCCUACAAAGUCGUCAACUCAAUCCUUCUCAAUUGCACGUUAUACUUCAUGUGUAACCUGCGCCGCGCACCGGGCCCUUUCUUCUCUUUCCUUCUUCUAUCAUUCUCAAUAACCCUCUGUAUGUCGAUGAUGUUCCGUUUCAUUGGGUCUGCAACCAAGUCCAUCACGCAGGCACUGGCGCCCGCGUGCAUCAUUCUGUUGGCAUUGGUCUUGUAUUCGGGAUUUGCGAUUCCGCCCGCUUACAUGCAGAACUGGCUUGGCUGGAUCCGGUGGGUGAAUCCUGUUUAUUAUGGACUGGAGACUGUAUUUUUGAUCGAAUUUGUCGGUCAACAGUUCCCCUGCUCAGACUUUGUCCCGCAUGGUCCCGGUUACGAGAACUUGGGCAGCGGUAAAUACGUGUGCAACGUGCCCGGAUCCGUGCCCGGCCAAUUAUUCGUCAAGGGAGAGGACUACUUGAAAGCCUCAUUUGGGUUCACCAACAGCCACCGAUGGAGGAAUUUCGGCAUCAUCAUCGCCUGGACCGUGUUUUUCAUGGUUCUCCAUCUCUGGACCACCGAAUAUGUCGCCUCGGAGCGCUCAAAAGGUGAAGUCCUGGUCUUUCUCCGAGAGGCUAUUCACAAGGUGUCAGGUAAGCGGGGCAGCGAUGAAGAGUCGGGUGCCCCUACACCUACAGGAAAGCAAGAGCCUUCUGGCUUGUCGAGUGAAAAGGUCGAGGUCGAGAAGCAAGCGUCUGUGUUCCAUUGGAAGGAUGUCUGGUACGACGUCAAGAUCAAGAGCGAGACGCGCAGGAUUUUGGAUCAUGUCGAUGGUUGGGUCAAGCCCAGGACUCUAACAGCUCUGAUGGGCGUCUCAGGUGCUGGCAAAACCACCCUUCUCGACGUCCUCGCCAGCCGAGUGACUAUGGGUGUUGUGUCCGGCGAUAUGCUUGUGAAUGGUCACUCUCGUGACUCUUCCUUCCAGAGGAAGACGGGCUAUGUGACUCAACAGGAUCUGCACCAGGCUAGUUCGACGGUACGAGAAGCGUUACGGUUUAGUGCUAUGCUUCGGCAACCAGCGAAGUACUCCAAGCAAGAACGCCUGGACUAUGUCGAGACUGUUCUUUCGCUCCUCGGAAUGGACGCCUAUGCAGAUGCCAUCAUCGGUGUCCCAGGUGAAGGUCUCAAUGUCGAACAACGUAAAAGACUUACGAUCGCUGUUGAGCUUGUCGCACGUCCGCAGCUUUUACUCUUUCUCGAUGAGCCGACUUCUGGAUUGGACAGUCAGACCUCCUGGUCUAUCUGCGACUUGAUGGAGCAAUUGACCAAGAGCGGUCAAGCGAUAUUGUGCACCAUUCAUCAGCCCUCUGCUAUGCUUUUCCAACGGUUCGAUCGACUCCUUCUCCUUGCGAAGGGAGGAAAGACUGUCUAUUUUGGGCAAAUCGGUCAGAAUUCGCAGAUCUUGAUGGACUACUUCACUCGCAACGGAGGCCCGCCUCUAGCGCCCAAGGCCAACCCGGCAGAGCAUAUGCUCGAGGUCAUCGGGGCUGCUCCAGGGACUCACACCGAUGUUGAUUGGCCCGCUGCAUGGAGGCAGUCUCCCGAGUACAGGGAGGUACAAAAGGAGCUCCAAUCUCUCAAGGCCUCACACCCGUCGCCGAAGCCUACAUCAGGCGGUUCUGACCCAUCCGAGGACAACGAGUUUGCUUCUCCUCUGUCCACACAACUAUGGGAGGUCACCAAACGCCUUUUCAUUCAGUACUGGAGAAGCCCAGGCUAUAUGUACUCCAAGGUCAUUCUGACAGUCGGCGCAUCUUUGUUCAUUGGACUUUCUGUCAUGGAUGGCGAGAAUACAGUCCGCGGUCUUCAGAAUCAGAUGUUUGGUGUAUUCAUCUUCUUGACCAUCUUUUCUCAGAUCGCUGAACAAAUGAUGCCGGCCUUCGUGGAGCAGAGGACCCUUUACGAGGCUCGUGAACGUCCCGCAAAAACAUACUCUUGGCAGUCAUUCAUGUUUGCCAAUCUGACAGUCGAGAUCGUCUGGAACUCGUUCAUCGGUAUCUUUGCCUUCAUCUGCUGGUACUUCCCCAUCGGUCUCUAUCGCAACGCUGAGUACACGAACGAGGUCCAUUCUCGUGGUAUCACCAUAUUCCUUCACGUCUGGAUGUUCUUCUUACUCGCUUCGUCCUUCGCGCACAUGAUCAUCGCCGGACUUCCCAACGCUGAUACGGCAGGUGGUGUCAUGAACCUCCUCUUCAUCAUGAUGUUCGCAUUUUGCGGUGUCCUCGCUGGCCCUGAUGCUCUGCCCGGUUUCUGGAUCUUCAUGUACCGCGUCAAUCCCUUCACAUACGUGGUUGAGGGUUUCCUCGGCACGACUCUUGCCAAUGCGCCUGUCACUUGUGCCGGAAACGAGAUCCUGGAGUUCAGGCCUGCGAAUGGUACGUGUGAGGAGUUUCUGUCGGAUUACAUGUCCAAUAUGGGUGGGUACCUUGUGGGAGAGAGUGCAGCCAGCACAACUCAGUGUCAAUACUGUCCUAUGGCAGAUACGGAUACCUUCUUGAAGGGGAUCAACGUUAGCUUCGACAAUCGCUGGAGAAACUUUGGGCUACUUUGGGUCUAUGUUAUCUUCAACUGUACAGCUGCAGUUGCUAUCUACUGGUUGGCUCGUGUCCCAAGGAGGAGAAAGGACAAAAAGGAAUAA